ACAGUGCUCGUGCAUCACUUUUUUCCUCUUCCUCUUUAAACUUGCUAGCUAGCUAGCACCUCUACAUUUUUAUAUGAUUGGUUUUCUGAUUUACAAUCUUGCUACAUUUGAACUGAAUCCUGUAUGAGACAUUUUUGAAGUCUACCAUUAAGUUCAAAGACGGACAACGACACAUAGCAACCCUUUUAGUCAAGUUGUGAGGCUAGCCAGCCAGCUAUUAUCAUUUAUGUUGGUGGAGAAAUGCAUUUUAGCCGUAAAGAGGCGAUGAAGCCCUUUCACCCUGACCCUCCCUCCCUCCAAGCCCCAGAGAUGGACAACGACUUCCCCACCCUGAGGCCUCGUCGUAUCCAGAACCAGAACGACUCCCCCACCCUGAGGCCUCGUCGUAUCCAGAACCAGAACGUGGUCCACCGUCUGGAAGGCCGCCGCAUCUUCUCGGGCCGUCCUGGAGCCCACUGGUACCGGGUCCGCUGCCUCCACCAGAACGUCUUCCCCAACUUCACUGUGGUGAACGUGGAGAAGCCCCCUUGCUUCCUGCGCAAGUUCUCCCCGGACGGACGCUGCUUCAUAGCCUUCUCCUCCGACCAGACGUCCCUGGAAGUGUACGAGUACCAGGGCAGCCAAGCUGCCGAGGACCUGUUGCUGGACCAGGACGGGGAGACCCUCUCCAACGGCAACGACCAGCGUUCCCUCAACAUCCGCGGCCGUCUCUUCCAGCGCUUCUUCUCCCUCCUGCACGUCACUAACGUGGCUUCCAAUGGCGAGCACCUCAACCGAGAGUGCAGCCUGUUCACCGACGACUGCCGCUACGUCAUCGUGGGCUCCGCCGCCUACGUGCCGGAAGAACCUCCGCCGUACUUCUUUGAGGUUUACCGGAACAACGAGGCGGUGAACCCCAACCCCCGCUCGCCGCUGGAGGACUACUCCCUGCACAUCAUCGACCUGCACACGGGACGCCUCUGUGACACGCGCUCCUUCAAGUGUGACAAAAUCGUCCUGUCGCACAACCAGGGGCUGUACCUGUACAGGAACAUCCUGGCCGUGCUGUCGGUCCAGCAGCAGACCAUACACGUCUUCCAGGUGACACCAGAGGGCACGUUCCUGGACGUGAGGACCAUCGGGAGGUUCUGCUACGAGGACGACCUCCUCACCCUCUCUGCCGGGUACUCUGAGGCGCUGGCGCAGGGCCAGCCCGGCUUCCCCCGCCCCUUCACGGAGAAAACCAUUAACUCCCUGAAGCACCGGUUGCUGGUGUUCCUGUGGAGGCGGGCGGAGCAGGACGGCAGCCCCACGGCCAAGCGACGCUUCUUCCAGUACUUCGACCAGCUGCGCCAGCUCCGCAUGUGGAAGAUGCAGCUGCUGGACGAGCACCACCUGUUCAUCAAGUACACCAGCGAGGAAGUGGUCACUCUCAAAGUCACUGACCCCUCCCAGCCGUCCUUCUUUGUGGUGUACAACAUGGUAAGCACAGAGGUGCUGGCCGUUUUUGAGAACACAUCAGACCAGCUGCUGGAGCUGUUUGAGAACUUCUGUGACCUGUUCCGCAACGCCACGCUCCACAGCGAGGCGGUCCAGUUCCCCUGCUCCGCCUCCAGCAACAACUAUGCCCGGCAGGUCCAGAGAAGGUUCAAGGACACCAUCGUGAACGCUAAGUACGGGGGUCACACAGAGGCCGUGCGCAGGCUGCUGGGGCAGCUGCCCAUCAGCGCCCAGUCCUACAGCAGCAGCCCCUACCUCGACCUCUCUCUCUUCACCUACGACGACAAGUGGGUCUCCGUCAUGGAGCGGCCCAAGACCUGCGGAGACCACCCCAUCCGGUUCUAUGCCCGGGACUCAGGUCUGCUUAAGUUUAAGAUCCAGGCGGGCUUGCUGGGCCGUCCUAUCAACCACGCAGUCCGCAGGCUGGUGGCGUUCACCUUUCAUCCUUUCGAACCCUUCGCCAUUUCCGUGCAGCGCACCAACGCAGAAACCACAGAGGACCGGUCCAUUGUGCAGAACCCUGAAGAACCACAGAGGACCGGUCCAUUGUGCAGAACCCUGGAGAACCACAGAGGACCGGUCCAUUGUGCAGAGCGCUGGAGAACCACAGAGGACCGGUCCAUUGUGCAGAACCCUGAAGAACCACAGAGGACCGGUCCAUUGUGCAGAACCCUGGAGAACCACAGAGGACCGGUCCAUUGUGCAGAACCCUGAAGAACCACAGAGGACCGGUCCAUUGUGCAGAACCCUGGAGAACCACAGAGGACCGGUCCAUUGUGCAGAGCGCUGCUUCAGCCCAGCCAUGGGCCUGGCCCCGGCUGAGCUGAGAGGGCCUGCAGGCAGAGGAGGGGAACAUGGCCCACCGAGGGGCUGAAUAGGAAGGAGUCAUGGGUGGCUUGAGGAGACUAAAGGAGAAAGGUUGGGAGGCAGAGGGGGGAAGGGCGGUUUGGACAGGAGUCCCUGAGACGUUUCUCCACCUGCAGCUGAACUUUUCAGCUUUUAGGUUCAGUUUUAUACUCUUACAUGUGUACAUCGAUAUUUUAUGUUGCUCUUUAGAUGUGUAUAUAUAUUUUGUUUCAAUAAAAUGAUUCAAACCUG